GUUCAGAUAGGUCGUAUUUUCGUUGCGGGAAAUUUUUGUACCAACAGUACAUUGAGUGAAAGAAUAGAAACUACAACAGUAUAACAGUACCUUUACAAUUUUCAACGCUUACAGCCAACCAAGCAAGCAGUUAAAGCUAAACCACUAUCCAACGGGAAUAUCAUUUGAAGUAAAAAACACAUAAAGUGUUACACCAUUGUGCAAACAACCAAAGAAACAUACAAAGAAGAGCAGUAAUUUACAAAAAAAAAGCAACGACGUAACCAAAACGAUGGCUGAUCAACCUAAAGCACCAGUCAAAAAGGUCCCCAUUCAUUUACAGAGUGCACAAAACCGCAUUUACAUCAAAAAAGGCAAAAUUGUCAACCAUGAUAGCGUUCAAAACGGCGAUGUCUACAUUGAGGAUGGCAAAGUCAAGUAUGUGGGCAAUGGUCAGGACUUUGUAGUUCCGGGAGGUGCUCGGAUUAUUGAUGCUGCAGGAAAGUACGUGAUUCCAGGUGGAAUUGAUCCUCACACCCAUUUGGAUUUCAAAUUUGGUGGUACUACAACUGCUGAUGAUUUUUAUCAGGGCACCAAAGCAGCAAUCGCUGGAGGAACUACAAGUAUAAUUGACUUUGUGAUACCUGAAAAGGGACAGUCAUUGUUGGAAGCUUACGAUGAAUGGCGUGCCAAGGCGGACGGCAAAGCCUGUUGUGACUAUGGAUUUCACGUUGCCAUCACGUGGUGGUCAAAAUCAGUAAGCGACGAGAUGGGCAUUCUCUGCAGAGAACGCGGAGUAAAUUCGUUCAAAGUUUUUAUGGCGUACAAAGGACUUUUCAUGCUCAACGAUUCCGAGUUGUACGAAGUUUUUGAAAGGUGCAAGGAAUUGGGGGCAGUUGCUCAAGUGCAUGCUGAAAAUGGUGACAUCAUCGCUAAGAACGUCAAGAAAUUGCUGGAACAGGGAAUAACUGGACCUGAAGGUCAUGAACUAUCUCGGAGUGAAGAAGUCGAGGCCGAAGCAGUUAAUCGUGCCUGUGUUAUCGCGCAUCAGGCCAAGUGUCCCCUAUACGUAGUACAUGUCAUGUCCAAAAGUGCUGCAAUUGAAGUUGCUCGAGCACGUAAGCGAUACAAUAAUAAGGGUAUUUAUGGGGAGACUCUUGCUGCCGCUGUUGGCACAGAUGGCACCCAUUACUAUGAUAAAUGCUGGCAUCAUGCCGCGGCACACGUACUAUCCCCACCAUUGAGACCCGAUCCAGAAACUCCAGAUUUCCUCGUAAAAGCCCUUGCUUCUGAUGACUUGCAAACAACUGGUAGUGACAACUGCACGUUCAACAAAGAGCAAAAAGAAUUGGGCAAAAACGAUUUCUCAAAAAUACCAAACGGUGUUAACGGUGUCGAAGACCGUAUGUCUGUUGUAUGGGAAAAAGGUGUUGUAUCUGGACUUUUGGAUCCACAGAGAUUUGUAGCUGUUACCAGUACCAAUGCAGCAAAAAUUUUCGGCAUUUACCCACAAAAGGGAAGAAUCGCAGUUGGAUCUGACGCUGACAUCGUCGUAUGGAAUGGCCAAGCAACUCGAGUUAUUUCAGCCAAGACUCAUCAUCAAGCGUGUGAUUUCAACAUUUUUGAAGGAUUGCAAUGCCAUGGAGUUCCAGAGUUCGUUAUUGUUCGUGGCAAAGUUAGUGUGGACGAUCAAAAUCUUCGAGUGGCUGAAGGACAGGGUGCUUUUCUACCAACUCCAGUGCACCCUCCAUACGUUUAUGAAAGUAACGGUGUCAAAAAUAACGAGGUAGACGAUCACAAUGGAUUGGAAAAUUUGAAACUCGAGGAAGAAUUGACUGAAGCCGAAGAUCUUCAUCCGAAAUUCGUGGAGCCACCACAAAGUGUCUCUGGUGCAUCUGUUGCCAGUUGUCACACUGCUCGUGGAAUGGUUCCUGGAUCACGUAACAUGCAGGAAUCAUCUUUCUCCAUUAGCGAGGAACUCGAUAAAGAUGGACCAAGAAGGAGCAUUCGUGUACGCGCUCCUCCAGGCGGAAAAAGUUCUGGCUUGUGGUAACCAAUUGUCACUGCAUACUUACAUAUAGCAUUUACUAUGUUGGACAAACACAUAUUACUAAGUCACUAUAUUCAUAAUGAUUACAUUUAAGAAGCCCUCACAAUGUAAAGUUUACAAUAACUAUUUCCUAAUUAUCAUAAACAAGAUAAUCCAAAGGUGCUUCAUAAGAUUUUUCGUACUAUAGAAUAUGUUUAAAAUAAUGACAAA